GUAAAAGAAUUUGUGAUAGAUGUGGUUAUAACUUUGCAACACCACGUAAACUCCGUGAUCAUUUAGAAAGAAAAUUCAAAUGCAAACCAAUUACUCAAAUCACAAUUCCCCAAGGCGUCCCUCCUCCCAUUCUCCACAUUCGAGGAAAAGAUCGAAGGCGAGAAAUAGCAAAAAGAAAUAAAUCACCAAAACCAAUUUCCCAAGAAGCUGGUCCAGGCCCAGCAACCCAAGCAUAUAGAGAAGAAAUAACCUCACAGAACGAAGUUCAAGAG